GGCCCUGCCGCCGAAGCAGCGGUGGGCGGGCAGAGCGGAGCUCUGGAAGUCCCCGCGGAGGAGGCGGAGGCGGGGAAGGGCCGUCAGCUGAGCGGGGCCGCUGUCAUGGGCACGCCGUGAGGGGGUUGACACUUCGGAGAUGUCCAGCAAGUUGAAGAACCGAACUGCAGAAAAUGGAGAGCAUCCCAGGAGUAACAUGGAAAAUGGAACGGACAGUGUGGCUGCCCCCACCCUCAGCACCUACACCCCAGAAGAGAUGGUACAACAGAUGAAAGAGCUGAUCACUGAGAACAAUGAGUUAAAAGAAGCCAUGAAGGUGCAUAACCAAGCUAUGAAGGACCGAUACGAGGAACUUUCCAUCUGGCGAGAGAAGCAGAAAGAAGAACGAGAAUUUUAUGAACUGAAGUUUAAGGAAGCUAAGCAGUGCUUGCUAGCCAAGUGCAUUGAAAAUGAACAGCUACAGCAACAACUUCAGAGCUUAAAGGGAAGUGAAGGAGCUGAAACGGAGGGCUGUGGGGCUCUGGAGAAGGAAGCGAAGCAGCUGAAAUCCCAGGUGCAGCGGCUCCAGGCUGAGAAGGCAGAUCUGCUAGCCAUCAUUUCAGAGCUGCAGGUCAAGCUGAACAUCUCAUUGGCAGAGGAUUCCUUUGUGGAGAUUGGGAUGAACGAAGAAAUAACUAGAACUGCAAAGGAACAUCAAGAGAAUAGCGAUGAAAUGACCAGUAACAUGUCUAUGUAUAUGAGAAACAAACCUGCCGAUGAAUCGAAGAAUUUGGAGUCUGAGGAGCUAACUGUGAGUCAGCUGCUCUGCAGCCUUAGAAAUGAAACUCAGAAGAGGGAAAAACUUGAGAAGGAGCUGCAGGAUACCAAAGAGAGACUGUCAAAGCUAGAGAAGGAGACCACCAACUGCCUGGAGGGUGGGACACAAACUGAACAGCAAGAGGAGGAAACUUCAGAAGCUGUUGGCAGUGAAGUAGAAGCCCUGAAUUUGCAAGUUUGUGCUCUGUUUAAAGAGCUUCAGGAAGCUCAUGAGAAGUUAAAAGAAGCAGAAUUGAUUCAGAAGAAGCUUCAAGAAAAGUGCCAAGUACUGGAAAGAAAAAGCUCAGCUGCUGCCUCAGAAUUGGAGGAGAAGCAGCAGCUAAUAUACACCAUAAGGAAGUUGGAACUUCAGGUGGAGAGCAUGCAGGCAGAGGUCAAGCUGGAACAAGCCAAGACACAUGAAGAAAAGGCAAGAUAUAGUAGCUUGCAGGAUACAUACAGCAAACUCCUUCCUGAACUCAAUGAGGCAAUGAAAACAAUCGAUGAAAUGAAACUCAAAGAGCUGAACAGAGUGGAUAAAGUUGUGGUGGAACAACUGAACACAAAGGUGGAGCUGGCAGAACAAGCCCUUGCUGCAAAGCAGCUCCAGAUAGAUGAAAUGAAGCAGGUCAUUGCUAAGCAAGAGGAAGACCUCGAGACCAUGGCUGUGCUCCGUGCUCAGAUGGAGGUUUAUUGUUCUGAUUUCCAUGCUGAGAGGGCAGCAAGAGAGAAGAUCCAUGAGGAGAAGGAGCAGUUGGCUGUCCAGCUGGCAUACCUGCUAAAAGAGCAGCAAAACCUUGAAGAACUUAGCCGGAACUCUUUGGCAGAGAUGCAGAAUCGCCACGGAGCCAGGGCACCAGAUCGGGAACACUCGCCUCGCCUUGUCCAAAGAGGAACUGGUAGCCAAGACUGGCCAGAACAGCGGAAUAUCUCAAUGUAUUCAUGUCCCAAAUGUGAAGAAAUUCUACCUGAUUUGGACACGCUGCAGAUCCAUGUUAUGGACUGCAUUAAUUGAGUUAUGCCCUCCAAUUCAUCUUCUGAAAUUUCACCUGCCAAAACACUUUCUUGGUUUUUUUUCCUUCCUGGUCAAAUAAUGCUCAAGUCUACAUCCCAUGAAGGAAGUUUUUAGGGUUUUUCUCAUGAAUUCAAUGGGAAAAGGGAAAAAAUCCUACCCUGUUCUGUAGUCACUAAUCUUGUUUCAAUCUGCUUUAGGAAACUAAUUUUUAUAGGUGAGCAACAUGGAUGUGUAAAGAACUCCCAGAAUGUCUGCUGCUAUGAAAUCUUUAAGGAACAUUCCCCUGGUGUACUCUGUUCUUAUAGCUUGCCCAUAGAACAGGGGUGAAUCAAUAAAGUCAGAAGGGAUAUGGGAUAUAUACCUGUCAAUUAAAGUACUGUGAGCCUGUAAUACUAAAUCUCAUAUACUAUACAUCAGGAAACAUACAUUUAAAAAAGCUGUUUGAGAAGCUUUCAGCAAGAUGGAGUAGUGUUGUAUUCAUCAAGCAUUUGAAAUGAACCCUGAUUUCUCCAGAUGGCAGUUUUAUUGCUGCCCUAGUGACCACACUAAUCUGAUGUUAAAUUUUUGAUGGCUUCUGUAGCUUCUUGCUUAGCCAGAUGUGGGCAAGGUUUAAAACAGAUGAUUUAGAUCUGAUAAAUGUAGCUCCUGGUGUACCUAAGUCACUUGGUUUUCUAGAACUGUUAAUUUUUAAGGUGUUGUGUUGAUUCUACUUUAUUACAAUAAAACUAAUUUGAACCUGUACAGUAUUGUGCUAGAAAGAGCUGAGAUGGAUGUGAUGUAAUUUAAAGAAUAUAAUGGAUUUUCACAUCUCAGAUCUAUUGCAAGGAUAAAAUUAUCUAUGCCUGUGAAUACUUUGGAAGCUGAAACAGGAUUACAAAUACAUAUGGCUGAAAAGCUCAUGUAGAAAA